AUAAAUAUGCACAGAUGAGAACAAAGACCACGGAACUGCCCUCCCAUCCCUUCUUCUUAAAAGCACCAAAGCCCACCCAUCCCUCUCCUGCAUUUCCUACCAAAUAUUAAUUCCUCCUCUCAUCGGCCGUCCAUCUUAUUCAUUCAUGUACGCCAAAGAAGAACCCGGUACCUCGCCGGAGCUCAGCCCGUAUCUUGAUCCCGAGCCUUCUCCUAAGAAAAGCCGCCGGUCGGUGCAGAAGAGGGUGGUGUCGUUGCCGGUGCCGGAAGCGGAGGGGCCGCGGCUGAAGUCAGGCGGAGAGGCCGCACCUCCCCCGGAUUCGUGGGCCUGGCGAAAGUAUGGGCAGAAGCCGAUAAAGGGAUCUCCUUAUCCCAGGUGGUUAUCUAUCACUUGCCACUUAAUAUUUUUCUGGGUGGACGAGGAGGAAGACGCGCUCUUCGCCGGACUCGGCGAGCUGCCAGAAUAUUCUGUUAUUUCCCGGCGAGGAUUUCUGGACCUUCAGAUACGUGGCGGGGAGGACGGGAAACUGUGUGGAUUGGAAGCAGCGGCGGCGGCGUGUGGAAGCAACGGAUGAGUGGCGGUGGCGGCGGCCAUACGAUCGUUCCAGAUUUUUGUUUUUUUAUGCUUUAAUCAUUGCCAUUAAAAAGACUUUUUUUUUUCUAUACCGAAUUACCUAAUUUUGAAACAAAUAAAAAAUUAGGAGAUUUACGUGCA